GGAGCGACAUGGAAAAUGGUUAUUUUACUUUCAGUUUUGAGGACCGUAUGCUCGUGAGGGGAGGGGGAUGUCGGCAUGCUCUGGAACAGCAAGUGAAGAACUGUUUUGUCACCCCAGGACUGAGGAUCAGGUUACACCUGUGUAUGAGUCGCCCCUGCCCUACCCACAAUGCCGUGAUUGAACGCUAAAAGAUGAACCCUUGAACUAGUUUGAUCCUUCACAGCUGAAAGGGAACGGCAGGAUGUCCGCAAGGACCGAACAGGUCUGUUACAAAAUACAGAUCCCCUCGUAGUAGUGGCAAUAGUGUUCGUGACGUGCUGAAAUGGAAAACCAGCUGAAAGUGUUAACGGGAUACACGCCCUUCGCUCUUCCAUGUUUUUGGGGUGUAGAGUUUCAUCGUUUUGCCUAAAGCUUCCAGUUCCUUCCCAACAAGCAACGUGAUGAAUUGUUCAAGGCGUCAUGGGGGACAGUAACGUUGUUUGAAGUUCCUCCAAAAUUGCAGCAGCUCUGUGGAAGAACCCGCACCCUGAAGCAUUGUCUGUUAUUGCUCUUUCAUGUUCCAUGUUUUCUGUAAUAUUUUUCUCCUCAUACGCUUCCUAUAUUUUGUUUACUUUUAUCAGUUGUGUCCCUUAAUUUUCUCGGAGUGGAUGUCUCACUCUGCCGUUGUCCGGAGGUUAACAGCCGUGGUCCGAAAACAGGUUCCUCAGAGCGACCUCGGACCCAGUCAGGACUCCACGACUCAGCACCCCAGUUUUACGGUUCCAUCAUGACACAUAGCUCACUAACGCAGCUCCGAUACGAGAACAGUCUGGGGUUGAUGCGUCACGCUUGGCCUCAGUUCUUCUCUGCAUACUCCUGCCAACAACAACCCUCCCCUUCCUCAAACACUAAACAAAACACACCAGAUGUGAGAACUGGAAAAAGUGAUUCGGGGCUGUUUCAGAGAGCGGGGUGUGUAAUUGAAGACAUCUAGCGCAGGAUUACCCCGAGUGAGUUCCGGCAGGCGUGAGGCCCUGUCCAAGGAUGAGAGCACGGAGCUCCCCCGCUGACCUUACUUGGUAAUCCCAACUCUCUGGCCAGCGUCUCCUCCCCGCAGGGAGAGGUUAGGGUCGGACGUGGGGACCAGAGCUCAGAGAACGCUCCUCUCGUCUCAGCGGCCGCAGUAACUCAACCUGGGGAGGAGGACGGAUGAGUCACUUCCCCCUCUUUCCGUUCGGAGUUGGAGCGCGGACACGGAGCGCGGUUUACGGCCGGGGGAAGUGAAGGAGGGACAGGAGACUCUCGCCCCACCUCGGAUGCCGCGUUCCCUUUCCGCUUCGGAGCCGAGGCGCCCACGACUCUCCGAGGGAAUUUCUGGAGCGAUGCCCCAGCCAUGCUGAACCUGAUGUGGAAGUACUGCCUUUCCGUUCGGACCGUAAGUGUGGAUGGGGAUGCAGCCAGUUCUGAGGCCUCCGUGUGUCUGGAGGGCAGUAGCGCCUACCCUCGCGGGCCAGUGACGCGCGGCUCAGCGGCGGUCGCCGAGCACUUCGAGGUGCCACCCCUCUACGCCCGCGAGGUGCGCCAGCGGCCACGCCGGCCCAAGCUCCAGCACUCGCACUCCAUCCUCCGAAAGCAGGCGGAAGAAGAAGCCAUCAAGCGCUCCCGCUCGCUCUCCGAGAGCUAUGAGCUCUCCACAGACCUCCAGGACAAACAGGUGGAGAUGCUGGAACGCAAGUACGGGGGGCGUUUCAUAACCCGUCAUGCCGCCCGUACCAUCCAGACAGCCUUCCGCCAGUAUCAGAUGAACAAGAACUUUGAGCGCCUCAGGAGUUCCAUGUCGGAGAACCGCAUGUCGCGACGGAUCGUCCUCUCCAACAUGCGGAUGCAGUUCUCCUUCGAAGGGCCCGAGAAGGUGCAUAGCUCGUACUUCGAGGGCAAGCAGGUGUCACUGACGGACGACGGCGCCAAGCUCGGCGCCCUGGUGCAGUCGGACUGCGGGAGCAUGGUCCCCACUGCCAUUAAGACGUCCGCGGCCCAGAGCGAUUUCACGGACGCCAUCACCGAGCUGGAGGACGCAUUCUCCAGGCAGGUGAAGUCGCUGGCGGAGUCGAUCGACGACGCGCUGAACUGCCGCGGCCUGCACAGCGAUGAAGGCCCUGCGGAGCCGCCGCGCGGCCGCCCAGACCCGGAGCGCGAGGCAGCGUUCCAGGCCAAGGCGGCACGCGUCAGCGCCGGUGCCAGCGGCGGCGAGCUGGAUGAGAUGAGGGCGUCGUACAGCGAUGUGACGCUCUACAUCGAUGAGGAGGAGCUCUCGCCGCCGCUACCGCGGACACGGCGCAAGGAGAGGCCGUCGAGCACAGAGUCAGACCGCCGGCCGCGCUUGACGGACACGGCGGCGGACUACUGGCCGCACGGCCGCAAGGACGAAAAGGGCGACACGGAUACGAGCUGCCGUAGCACGCCGUCGCUGGAGGGCCGGGAGCCGCGGCGAAGGACGGAGCACCUGCCACUGCUCACCAUCGAGCCGCCCAGCGACAGCUCGGUGGAGAUGAGCGACCGCUCGGACCGCGGCUCGCUGAAGCGGCAGAGCGUCUACGAGAGAGGCGGGGCCAGCCGGCAAGGCAGUCCGAAGCACGGGGGCGCUGCCGGGCAUGGGCUCCCCCCUCGGGGGCCGGCCCGAGACGAGGACGCGCCACGGCACCGUGCCCGGCAGCUGGAAGGCCACCUGGCCAUCAACGGCACGGCCAACCGGCAGAGCAAGUCCGAGUCGGACUUCUCAGACGGGGACAACGACAGCGUCAACAGCACGUCCAACUCCAACGACACCAUCAACUGCAGCUCGGAGUCGUCGUCGCGGGACAGCCUGCGAGAGCAGACGCUCAGCAAGCAGACGUACCACAAGGAGACGCGCAACAGCUGGGACUCGCCCGCCUUCAGCAACGACGUCAUCCGCAAGCGCCACUACCGCAUCGGCCUCAACCUCUUCAACAAGAAGCCGGAAAAGGGUAUCCAGUACCUAAUUGAGAGGGGGUUUGUUCCAGACACGCCCGUGGGCGUGGCCCACUUCCUGUUACAGAGGAAGGGGCUGAGCCGUCAGAUGAUUGGCGAGUUCCUGGGUAACCGACAGAAGCAGUUCAACCGUGACGUGCUGGACUGUGUAGUGGACGAGAUGGACUUCUCCAACAUGGAGCUGGAUGAAGCACUGCGGAAGUUUCAGGCUCACAUUCGUGUGCAGGGAGAAGCUCAGAAGGUUGAGCGUCUCAUCGAAGCAUACAGCCAGCGUUACUGCAUCUGCAACCCAGGCGUGGUGCGGCAGUUUCGCAACCCCGACACCAUCUUCAUCCUGGCCUUCGCCAUCAUCCUCCUCAACACAGACAUGUACAGCCCCAACGUGAAGCCGGAGAGGAAGAUGAAGCUGGAGGACUUUGUGAAGAACCUCAGAGGGGUUGAUGAUGGAGAGGACAUCCCGCGCGAGAUGCUGGUUGGGAUCUACGAGCGGAUCAGGAAGCGUGAGCUGAGGACUAACGAGGACCACGUGUCUCAGGUGCAGAAGGUGGAGAAGCUUAUCGUGGGGAAGAAGCCGAUCGGCUCACUUCAUCAUGGCCUUGGAUGUGUUCUGUCUCUACCCCACCGCAGACUGGUGUGCUACUGCAGGCUCUUCGAGGUCCCUGACCCCAACAAGCCUCAGAAACUCGGCCUCCACCAGAGAGAGAUCUUCCUGUUCAAUGACCUCCUGGUGGUCACCAAGAUUUUCCAGAAGAAGAAGAACUCGGUGACGUACAGCUUCAGGCAGUCCUUCUCCCUGUACGGCAUGCAGGUGCUGCUCUACGAGAGCCAGCUUUACCCCAACGGCGUGCGGCUCACGUCAGCCAUACCCGGCGCCGACAUCAAAGUACUGAUCAACUUCAACGCCCCCAACCCCCAGGACCGCAAGAAGUUCACGGACGACCUGCGCGAGUCCAUCGCUGAGGUGCAGGAGAUGGAGAAGUACAGGAUCGAAUCUGAGCUAGAGAAGCAGAAGGGUGUGGUUCGCCCCAGUCUCUCACAGAGCUCUGCCCUCAAGAAGGAAGCAGGCAACGGCAGCAUGAGCCGAGCCAGUCUGGACGACACCUACGCCAUGGGGGAAGGGCUAAAGAGGAGCGCCCUCAGCAGCUCCUUACGUGACCUCUCAGACGCAGGCAAGCGGGGGCGCCGCAGUAGCGCUGGAUCUCUAGACAGCAACAUGGAGGGAUCCAUCAUCAGUAGUCCGCACACGCGGCGACGGGCCACGUCCAGCCGAGACUGCCCCUCCCGCCAGCAGUCACUGCCCACAUCGUCCUCCCUGCUGGGCUCGCUCUUUGGCGCCAAGCGGGGCAAGACGCCAUCGCUGCCCCCGCAAGCCCCUCACCCGUCCCACCCGACCCUGAUCUCCCACACACCCCACCCGUCCAACCUGCACCACACCGCCCGGGAGGGCGUGGCCGGCGCGGCCGAGACGCAAGCCCAGAUCCACUCGCACCAUGCCCAGUACUGCCACGUUCCGCAAAACCCGCCACCCUAUCACCACCACCAUCACUACCACCCCCCCGCCCACGCGCAGCACCCGCCCCACCAGUACCACGCCGCCCCCGGCGCGCCCCCAUCCUCCUCCACCCACGGCCACGUGCCACACCCCGCCCACUCUCAGCACCACCACGGCCAGCUCCCAACCGCCACGGCCGCCCCUGGGAGCACCAAGCCCAAACACAGUGGGAUCAGCACUGUGGUGUGAGGCCCACACCACAUUGGGGGGGCUCUCCGCCCCAAGAACUCAGUCUGCCUGCAGCCCGGGGCG